GUAAAAGGUACGCAAUAUUUAGGUAGUGCGUUACAGUUAGUUUGAACCGAGGCAGUCAAUUUUUCUCUGUAUGCUUUGCAUCAUAUGAGGAUUUCUAAAUAUUUGUUUUAUUGGUUUCUCACAAAUAUCGCGGUCAGACGUAUCAAACGAUAACUUUGGUCAAUGAAAAGUGAUCAAUGGAAAGACCCUUACCAUUCUCACGUUCCAAACUACCUAAAUCAAAGCAUCGUUUUGUCUCAUGGUCUGUGAAGCAAAAACAGAAAAAAUUCAGUCAGACCCUAUCGGCGAACCGUUCAAAUGUCCCUCUUAAUUGUCCUUUAAUUGGAUGUUCUGGGAUUGGUCAUAUUAAUGGCCGAGAUACUGCACACGUGACCCUAUCUGGAUGCCCUUUGUAUCACAAUAUGAGCUUUGUGAAAUGGGCGGAGAUGCGUGCUCGGGAAGAAGGUCUUGUUGUUCCAGAAUCCAUUAGACGGAUAUCUCAAAAUUCACCAUCGCCUUCUAAAGUUAAGCACAGGGUUGACCGUUCACAUCAGUUUAAAACUACACAAAGGGAACCUAUGCUUGAUGAUUUAGCUAGCCAAGUAGAGUUGUACCAGUUUCGUCGUGCUCAACAAAGAUUGGUUUCAACCUAUGAGACGGAUGCCCGAGAACAUUUGCUUCUAUGUGCACGAGUGGCUUCGAAUUCAGGAAAUGUACCCAAUAAUGCAUUUUCCGAAAAUAUUGAGUUUGCUACAGAACAGCGCAUACGUUCUGUUAUUUUUGGGACAUGGGAUUUACAACCGUGGUAUCAGAGUAAUUAUCCUGCCGAUUUGAGUUGUCUACCUACCAUAUACAUUUGUGAAUUCUGUCUAUGUGGAAUGCGCCAUAAGGUUGCAUAUGAUCGUCAUAAAAUUAAUUGUGGUCGAACGUUUCCGCCAGGUAAUGAAAUAUAUCGUAAAGAGAAUUUAUCGUUUUUUGAAAUUGAUGGACAAAAGCAUCAGGAAUAUUGUCGAAAUUUAUGUUUAUUAGCUAAAUUAUUUCUGAAACAAAAAACAGUUCAUGAGUUAGAUCAAGUUCCUGCAUUUUUAUUCUACGUAUUAACUGAAACAGAUCAAGAUGGUUCACAUAUUAUUGGUUAUUUCUCAAAACAAAAAGCUGAUGAUCAAUGUGACAACUCCGUCAAUACCGUGUACAAUAAUCUUUCAUGUAUUCUCAUUUUACCGCCUUAUCAAUGUCGUGGUUUUGGUCGUAUGCUUAUCGAGAUGAGCUAUAUUUUAAGUCGACUAGAACAACGUAUUGGUACACCAGAACGUCCAUUAUCGGAUUUGGGCAUCAUUAUUUACAGAAGAUAUUGGCGUUUUGAAAUUUUAAAAUACUUAUCGUCAUUCACAGCUAAGUCAAUUAAUAUUCGAACUAUGAGUCAAGAGUUAGGAAUAGCAGUUCCUGAUAUUGUAAGCACUUUAUUAGAUAUGAAGAUGCUUGUUUGCUAUCGGACACAAUAUUACAUAAUCAAUAAUAAAGUAAGUGAAUUUUUCACUGUUUUUGUUUUUGGCAUAUUGUAUUUUUUAAUGAUGAAAAGCUAGUAAUAGUAGCAGUCAGCUAGUCAGUCAAACGCAACAUAGAAUCUGGCGCAUGUGUACAUCGGUUUAACUUGCCAUACCUUAUUAGUAAAAAGAGAUAAAAUUGUCAGUGCAAAUCCCAGAGUAUUAAAAGUGUUAACAGUAUUGAUAGUAACGAAAAUGAUUAAAUAUCGAGGAUACCGUUCGAGAGGAUAUAAAUUUGUAAGAUUAACGAAAAUUACAAGCAAUUUAAAAACUUGAGAUCUAAGAGAGGGGAAAAAGUGAGUUCAUCUGCGUCAUUGCGAACGAUUUUCAACAAUGUCAUUCGAAUUGUCCAACCACUGGUCACGAUAAUCGCACAGACCUCAACCAGGUAAUCUAGACUCGGUAGUAGUUAGUGUCCUUCAUUUAUUUCUUGAAAUAAAAACAGAAUUGUACUUAUACCUAAUAUUUCUAUCUAGUUUAUCACUACGUAUAUGGAUAUAGAGACAACAAGUUAAUCAGAAUCGAGAGAAUAACUUCUUGGUUUUUGUGCGAAAUUUAAAGGUGAAUAACUUUUAUCCUAUAUCACGUAAAGUCAGCAAUACGAAUACUUAGACAGUUUAAAACGGUAACUAAAAUUAAUCCUUUUCUGCCAUUGUGGAGGUAAAGUGAUAAUAUAGUAAACGAUAAAACAGUUGGGGAUAACCAAUCUCAAUAGUUGAGAUCAUGAGUCAAUUGAAGCUAAACCACCAUGGAAAACCUGGAAGCA